AUGAAGCUAGCUCUUCGCUGCUCUCGCUCCACGUUUAUACGACGGUGGCGUCGAUGCCGCCGUGCACCGACCUCCUUGCCAACAAACGAUUGGGCCGCCGGCGCCAACGAGGAUACCGUGGGAGACGGCGGCUUUACCGGCCGCCUCGACGACAACGACGACUCCUCCGCUUCUUGCAUCGAGCUUUCUGGCUCUGACGAUGGUAGCGAGGAUGACGACCACGAUGAUGGUGGCGUGGCGGAGGAGACGGAGACGGACUUGGACGCCGAGCUGAGGAACGCGCUGCUGUCGACGCCAUUGGACGUCCCGACCCACCGGCCAUCUCAAUCGCCGACGUUUCAGCUGCUCCGGGCGAUCGCAGAAAGCCCGGUGGCGCCGCCCUCCGGCAGCACAUCGCCCAAGCCCAACAACAUCUUCAGCCAGGCAGCAACCAGCAGCAGCGCCAAAGGGAAGAAGAAAAUGUCGUCAAGUUCGCCGGGCGCACGCGGUGACGAAGGGUUGGCGAGAUGGCUGGGACGCGAGGAGGGGAGAGCAAAGUCUCCGAGAACAGGUGGCGGGGAGGGCGUGGGCAAGGGCGCUCGUAAGACAACGACGAUGAUGAGUAUGGAUUCACCCCCCGGCACGUCCGGGGCGGCCACUGCUUCCCCCGUCGUGAGCCGCAAGCGCCCGCGGUCCUCGCCGCCGGGGUCCGGUAACGCCCACGGUUCUCUUGGAAACCCCUUCGAGGCGUACGGGCACAACUGCCGUCCUUGUCGGCCGCCGCCGCCACCGUCCUCGCGUCUUGGUGUCGACAGCGGGUCGCGGCCGCCGAUAGAGGUGGCACUUGUUGGUGCCGGCAGCGAUGAUGACGAAAGUGACAGUAUCAGUGCCGGUGCGUCGGGGCAAACGGAGGUCGGGAGUCAAGACCCUCCUCCUGGUGGUGGUGGUAGUGGGGCUUCCGCCCAAGCGGAGGCCUCGCCGCGCCGAGUUGCAGCCGGCGGCGCGGGCUCCGACCUGUCGCAGAGCGGGGACGAUGGCAGCGACUUCGCCGUCACCCCCACCCCCUGUCGGCGAGGCACGCGUGGCGUUGGCGGCAGCGGUGGUACCGACCGCAGCGGUAGGCCAUCACCGCACGGGGAUGGGAGCUUGUGCUCCCCUUUCAUGCUGGUCGAUCUGAGCCAGCAUGCCGAGGAGGAGGGUUCUGCUGCUGCUGCUGCGAGGGUUUCGGGCAGAACGAAAGGCGGCGGCGGAGAGAGAGGGGGAGGCAGAGGAGGAGAUGUAGAAGGAGGAGGAGGAGGAGGUGUAGAAGAAGGAGAAAUAAGAAGACGGGGAGGAGGAGGAAGAGGAGGAGCAGGACGAGGAGGAGCAGGAGCAGGAACUCCGGGCCGCAACACGGAGGUUCUGCCGAGUGCACUGACCGAAGGAGAGGCUGCUGCAGGGGAGGGCGAUGACGCUCCGUCCCUGGCACUGUCGUCCGAUUGUCUGAGUCCUGCUGGCGAUAGAGGCCCAGACGCGGGGCAGGACCGGGGCGGGAGCGAGGGAGUGGGGGGCGGGGACCGAGGCGGCGAGGAGCUGCUGCAGCUGAAAGCGGCGAAAAGGCUGUAUUUUCUGGUGAGCGGGAACACGGGCAGGGUGCACGUAUACAAGAAGGUCGGGGGCGACGACGAAGACGGAAAUUGUUCCGGAGGCGGCGGCGGCGGCGGCGGCGGCGGCGGUGUCGAGGACGACGAGGAGGAGGCAAGGCCGCAACACUGCAGGUGCAACUUCCGUCCGGAAGACCUUGACCGGCUCUUCGAGGCCGCCAAGGAGGCGUUGCUGUUGUCCACGGCAACGACUACAGGACCGUCAACGCCGACAUCUAGGAAGCUGGCCGCAGAAGCGUGCGAGGCUGCCGCUAGGGAGGCGCUUUCGACGCUGCCGAAGCUCUUGUGGUCUGCUCCGGCUCUCAGGGUAGCGCGGGGGUUCGUGCAGGAGUGGAGGGCGCUGUCCUCCAGGAAACGGCCGCUGCUCAAGGGGACGCCUUGCCGCCCUCCCCUCGCAGACGAGCUGUCCAGGGUCACCCCGGCACUGACUGGCAGCAAGCGGCGGUACGCUGGCACGGUUGGGGGCCGGUCAACGUCGGGUGGUCCUGCUGGUGACGGCGAGGGCGGUGGAAGCGCCGCCGGCGGCGAAGUAAACGGCGGCGCAAGCGGUCGUGGCAACGACGGUGGUGGCGGGAGUGGUAGCGCCGGCUCUUCCGCGGCCAGAAGCGGCGGCACAGCCUCGAAUAAGGCGCGUCUACGUUGGCCGUUUCGCUGUCGGGCACCGGUGUCUGGGUGCUUGUUUUCUGUCUUUAUUGUCUAUGGCGCCAAGGAGAUGAUUAGUUAA